GCCGAGCGGGAGCUGCGCUUCAGGCCGCCGGCCGAGGCCCCGGUGCGGCUCUUCACCGAGCCCGAGCUGGCCAGAUACGACGGGCAGCAGGAAGGACAGCCCAUUUACCUGGCGGUGAAGGGAGUAGUAUUUGAUGUCACUUCUGGAAAAGAAUUUUAUGGAAAAGGAGCCCCAUACAAUGCUUUGGUUGGAAAAGACUCAACAAGAGGAGUUGCAAAGAUGUCUCUGGAUCCAGCAGAUCUUACACAUGACAUAACAGGACUCACAGAAGAGGAACUGAAGUCUCUGGAUGAUAUCUUCAAUAAUGUUUAUAAGGCCAAAUAUCCAAUUGUUGGCUAUACUUCUCGCCGAAUUCUGAAUGAGGAUGGCAGCCCCAAUCUAGACUUUAAACCUGAAGAUCAGCCACAUUUCAACAUUAAAGAUGAGUUUUGAGGAACAUUUUUGUACCUAGAGAAUGCCUGGGGAGAGGCAUAAUAGAAUAUUAUAUUGAUUCCCUGUUUUCUGGAGUUCAUUACAACAAUUAGCUAUCAUGAGUCAGUUUUCUGUUUAGAAAAUAUGUAUGUGUGUACACAUACAGUUUAGAGGAAACAAAUGGAUCUAUAUUAGUGUCAUACACUUGGGCUGUUUGUUCUGAAUUAUGGGAAUUAUUUCACAUGAAAGUUCUUUCUGCCUGGAUUUCCCUGUGUACAAGUGUGUAAUGUAAAAUCACAUUCCUUAGAAAAGAUAAGGCAGUUUUUAAUAGUUGAAACAUGAUUGGUCUUUUUGUAAAUCCCAAGUUGUUUCCUACUCCUUGGAAAAGUGUGAAUGCAUUAUCUGGACGAGCUCACAUCAGUUCUCUGUGCUUCACAUGAGUGUUGGUAUCACAUGUACAAACAGGUGUAAUAGAGGCUUACAUUUUAAAAAGCAUUAUAGGAAUUAAUAUUUGAUAGGUUUGAGAAUACUGGAUAUAAAACCACUCAAUCUCUUCAAAUGCAGUUACUGUGGAAUAUUUAUGCAAAGCCUACAGCUGUAAACCAAGAAAAAGAAUUAUUUUUUCCCCCAUGAGAACUACUGUGGCAUUUUAAGUAAGACUAUUAUUAUGUUAGUUUUGAAUAAAUGACACUUUAAUUUUUUUAAAAUAAUUAUCAAAGAUUUCAUCUAUAUUAGAUUAUGAUGAUUUCCUUCUAGCUUCCUCUACUCUUUCUCUGAUAAAAAAAGGAAACGAUAGCCCACUGUUUACCACAAACUCUUACAGCACAAGUUUAUUGUAGUAGUUUAGUAUCCUGUGGAUAUUGUUAGCAUCUUUAUAUUGACAAUUUCAGCUCUCAUUUUUAAUUUCUCUUAGUUUUUCUUUGUUCUUACUCUGGCUUCAUCAUUGCUGCUGCAAUGAAGUGUGCAUUCAUAUGUUCCUCUUCCUUUUAACCUAAUACAAAACCGCAGAUCCUGCACGGUGAAAGCAGACCCCCUUUAUCAGGUUUCUCUGGCAGUCUUUCAGCAACAAGAGGACUGUAAAAGCAUAUGCUACAUAAAUUGCUGCUAACCACUGACUUUCACUAACUUGAGUAGAAUGUAAAUUGUCAUGUAUGUGAAUUUAUCUGCCAGUGUGACAGGUUGAACUGACAUGGAAAAACUGAGCAGCUCCUCCCAAUUCUAUAUAAAUAAUAUAGAUGUAAUAGAAAUACAAUUCUAUAUUUCGUUCUCUUUC